AUGCUUCUGACUUCUUUUCCGAGUUCUGUAGAAGCAGCUGUUUCGACUUCGUUUUCAUCCAAUGCCGACUUUAUCCAUCAUAAUUAUUCGGCUAUGGUCGAUCUUUUAAAUGAAGUGAACAGCAAAUGUCCCAGAAUUACGCAAGUAUACAAUCCUCCGGGGCAUUCGGUACAGAACAGGAAUCUUACCGUUAUAGAAUUCAGUGACAAUCCUGGACAUCAUACGCCAGGGAAACCUGAGUUCAAAUAUGUUGCCAACAUGCAUGGGAAUGAAGUCGUUGGUCGAGAAUUAUUAUUGCACCUGGCUGUCUAUUUGUGUCAAGAAUAUAAUGCAAACAAUCAUAAAAUCCAGUGGCUUAUAAACAACACACGGAUCCAUUUGAUGCCCUCAAUGAAUCCAGAUGGUUGGGAAUUGGCAAACACCAAUCACAGGAAGCCAGAUGGCACCAAAGAUUGGUUGAUUGGACGCAGAAAUGCAAAUAAUGUUGACUUGAACCGAAACUUUCCUGAUCUCAACAACAUCAUGUAUGAAAAUGAAAUCAGUCAUGGUCCAAACAACCACCUUGAAAAGCUCAAGUAUGCAUUGAACACCCCGGAUCUUGAGGCUGAAACAAAGACUGUUAUGAAAUGGUUGAGUGCUUACCCGUUUGUCUUGUCUGCUAAUCUUCAUGGUGGGGAUCUUGUUGCUAAUUAUCCUUACGAUUUAACACGUAGUGGCAAACAAAAAGAAUACAGCAUUUCUCCUGAUGAUGCCACAUUCAGGUAUCUUGCUGAAGCAUAUUCUCAAAAUCAUCGCUAUAUGAGCAAGAACCACAAAUCUUGUGGAAUGGCUAAUGAUCAGAAUUUUGGAGUUCAGGAUGGAAUCACAAAUGGAGGAGAGUGGUAUUCUGUGUCCAGAGGAAUGCAAGACUAUAAUUAUUUGGAGACGAACUGUUUUGAAAUUACUCUUGAGUUGGGUUGCAACAAAUUUCCUAAAGCUUCUGAACUCUCCAGGUAUUGGAAGGAUAACAAAGAUGCCCUUAUUGCGUAUAUGCUACAGACUCAUAUUGGCUUGAAAGGUUUUGUGAAAUCCUCAUGGCUUCAGUUACCAAUUCAAGAUGCAGUUAUACAAGUAAUCAAUAUGACCGAUAACAAGUAUAUCAACCAUGACAUCACCACAGGUCGACAUGGAGACUAUUAUCGUCUUUUGAUCGAUGGCUACUAUCAGAUCAGGGUGAUUGCCAGAGGUUACCACUCUCAAGUACGCUGUCACAAGGUUCACAAUAAAAUGUUUCAUGAGGCCGAGAUACUAGACUUUGUGAUGAUCCCUCAGCACCAGAGGAACAAACGAGACGUCAAGGAGAGGCUCUACUGCAAAAUGUUGCAGGAACUUGCUGACAAUCAAGGCCACAAACUGGCCACUGAACAAGAGAUUUUUGACGAGAUGAUGAAGGAUGUGUCCGAAUACUUCAAUCAGUAA